CAGUUUCGCUGCAAAUUGAGGGUAUCCUUGCCCAUGGAAUGCCGACGCAGAUUUCCAUGACUAAAGCACCAAUUAACGCCUGAUUCACACAUCGUCCCAGCUAAUCACCACAGGAGGCUCCUGAAUGUGGGGUUUAACUGCACAGGGAGAAUUUCUGCUCCUUUCUCUGCUGUUUCAGGAUCCCUGCAUGGACCAACUUUCUCAGAAUUUCCACUUCCAAACCAAGCCAUCUGUGGAGAUGGAGGAUUGCUGCUUCGGACAGGGAGCUGGUUACUGCAGGAGGAGUGCAUUCAACUGCGGCCAGACUCACAUCAGCCCCAGGGAUUUCCGGGGAAGUUCAGGCCAACACGCGGAGGGCGAGCCUUGGAACCCAGCUGGUGCAUCUCUGGGAUCUAUUGGAGGUUAUGGAUAUGAAUAUUCUUCAGUACAAAGAAACUUUGCUGAGACCAGUGACAUGGCCUUUGUGGUGAAAGAAGUAACAACAGGACCCUCUGCAGUUGUGGCCUCCAACACUACCCCAUCUGAGGCAGACUCCCAGGAUGAUUUGGAAAGGCUCAAUGCCCGUGGAGAUUCCUGGUUACAUUCUGUAGAGGAGAGGGAAUUGACUGAAGAAUCCAUAUCAAGGAAGUACAAAGGUCGGACAAUCUUCAGUGCUGAGCAACUGCGGGUUCUCCAACAGCGUUUCCAGCUGCAGCGAUAUCUCACUGCAUCAGAGCAGCAAGAGCUGGGAAAUGCAAUAGGACUGACCAGUCAGCAGGUGAAGACGUGGUUUCAGAACCGUCGCAUGAAGGUGAAACGUCUUCUAAAGGAACCAACUGCCAGCACUCAAAUUAGCUUCCUUCAAGCAGACCUGUCUCAGAAUAACUCGGUGGUUUAUGGGAAACCAAUGGAUAAUAUGAAGCAACAGUUUACCAGCUAUUCACUGUCACAUCUGCUGCCCAGGCAUCUGGUGCCAUCUCCUGACAAGCACUGGCCCAGUGCAGGUCCUGUAUAUCCAAAUCUGGGCAAGUUCCAAUCCACAGUUAUCAAAAGUGAGUUGCAGUACACCAAUCAGUCUGUCAACUUUUCCAUCAAGAAAGAAGCUAUUGCACUCUCUUCUCGGCCAGAGCUGAAGCAAAUGAAACUCCCAGCGACAUCCUACAGUCACACCAUCCCAGUGCAACACUUUGAUUUCUCACUGCAGCAAGCCUUGCCUGGGCCUCCGUACCUCCAGCAGGGCCUGCCAUAUGAGGUGAUCAAACCUGCAGGGGAUGAACUUCAUCAUGAAAAAGUUAUAAUUUCCUAGAGCCCCUAUUUGGCUGAAAAAAAUAACCUUUUGAUUGCCACAUUCCUAGUAAUAGGUGUCAUUAGGCUGCAGAGGUGAGUUCUUGCACUCCAAAAAGCAGCUCUCACUGCACAGAGAUGCAUUAAGACCCGGCCCUGCUUUCUUUCAUUGCAGAUCCUGUGGACAGACUCUUCCCUCGACCGUCAGGAAAUAUGCUCUGUGUUCUCCGCCAUAUUUGACACUGAUUCCAAAGGUUUCCCAAAGCUUAGUCGAACCAUUCUGGAAGGGAUUGCAUUUAUGUUUUAAUCUAAUUAUAUUUUUACAUUUCUGAAUGAAAUUGCAAAAAGCAAACUUUUAGGAAAAAUCAUUUAAUUUGUAAUCAGGUUGUCCUUAUUUUAAAUGUUCUUCUGGUCAGUGAUCAUUGAUUACACUAGGUCUGGCUGGCUGUUUAUAAUCUGAGAGCUGCCAACAGUGACUCAUUCCUGGCACCCACCAAUGGUGGCCCUCUGACCUUGCAGCUUUGUGUUGGGUAUGAGGAAGUGAGGAAACUCCUAUCAGCUGGCACCGGCUCCAUGGCAUCUCCAUGUGAAUUUCUAUAACUGACCAUGAAACUGUCAUUGUUCCAAUCUGGCCCAUCAUCAUUGGACACAGUCUGGCACAGCAUGGGGCAUCUGUUGUAAUAGUCAACUUGAGUCGGAUUUAAAUAUUCCAUAUUUUUAAACCUUUCCUGUAUUGUUAACAAAAUGAUGGUUAAAGACUUCAAUAAAGCUGAAAGAUUCCAUCUGA